AUGGCAAACGUGGACAUUCUGCAAUGGACGCAAUUCUACCCAUUAUACCCUGUGAAAGGGUUGAGACCAUCAUCACUGCGAAAAUCAUCCUUCUCCAGCAGCAGCAGCAUCAACAACGCUUGUCCGCCCCCGCCGCCCACUCCACACCAAUUGACCAACAGCGGCAACAACAGCAGCAGCAGCCACCAACACCAGAACCAGCACCAGCACCAGCAUCACCACCAAUCCCAGCACAGACGUCCGAGCAACAGCCACGCACACAACGAAGCUGGCAGCUUGGCCACAAAACCCGCUGCAAAUUUGCUCGAUAGCAAUCAAUUGCAAGUGAACUACUUCGAGUUCCCACCAACCACGCGCAGUGGAACGCUGCUGUUGGCCCCCACCUCAUCAACACCAGCGCUCAAUUGCAACGUCGGCAACGGUUCCCAGUACUCAGCAGUUGCCACAGCAGCCGCUUCGACAGCCUGCGCUCUCCUUGCCACCUGCCAAGCGGGCACCACUUCGGCGAACAACUCACCCAAGAGUGCUGCUGGGCAGCAUCACACUUUUCUUCGGCAACAACAGCAACUGUUGCAGCUACAGCGACCACCACAGGUAGCCACAGCAACAACAGCAACAACAGCCGACAGCAUGGGCAGACGCGAGAUAAAACGUUCUAACACCAGUGGCUCAACCACAAGAUCCUAUGACAGCGGUAGCGCAACAACAAAUUUCGUCGGAAAGUUCACACAAAGUGUGCGUCGCAUUGUGCAGGAUGUUAAGGAUGAGGGGGCGCCCAGCGGCAUGACCCGUGACGAGGUCAUCGAGACAAACGAACGCCUCCGGUCGCUGCGUCUUCGCCUCGAAGAGUCCUACGAUACAGCAAAAAACGCGCUUAUCGCGCUCAUGAACAAGUAUGGCGAUUCGAAGAGCCAACGCAACAUCUUUCAGCGCUAUCCCAUGCUCAAGCUAAUGAUAAAGGAUGUCAUAAGAUUGGAGACACAGUACUGGACGCUUGUUGACAUACCCCGCCAGGAGAAGCAGGAGACGGUGCCCUCGUAUGUGAUGCGUGCCUGCUCCAUCAUGGAGAAGACCCAAAAGUCCGGCGAGGGUGUGAAAACGUCGGCGAAACUGGCCGAUGAGGCAGCCGAGCGUAGGGAGCGCAUGGAGCGACUGGAACAUAUGACAACCGCACAAAUCGAGCACGAGAACACCCAACUGAUUAAUGAUUUGUAUCGUCUGCUAAAGAAGUAUCUGGGACUGCGCCAUUUGAUACGCGUCCUGAAGGAAGAGUAUGUCAGUUCAAAGAUGUAUCCUAUUUUUCCACGCUACACAAUGCUGAAGGACAUGAUAAAGGGCAUCAUGCACGACCCCGACUACAUGGAGGUGUGCCAUGAAACGCUGGCCAACUCCAACUGAGCCGAGGGCACCGGAAAUGGCAGGCGUCGCAUGAGUGUCAUUUGAGAGUGCCACACACUACCACACGGACAAUGCUUCGCAGCAACACUGCUGCCGGCAGUUGCGUGUGUGUGAGUGUAUGCUGGUUUUGCAUGCAAGUUUCUGCCAUUCCGCAUAUUUUUAGCAAUUUCCAACGAUUUUCAUUCGUGGACCGCCCGGGGAAGCCCUGCGGAGCGCCACGAACCUUCCACCAUAGUUAGAUAGAAAUCUGUAGCUAAUUCUAGCCAACUGUACGGCAAUUGAACUAACUAAGUAACCAACCAACUAACUAGCUAACUAACAGCCCCACCACAGCAGUACUAUACAAAUCGCAGGCAACACUAACAAAAGCAGACGACACCACAUAAACUAUUAACUGCAACAACAACUUGAAACCAUGUUUAUACCUAACAAUAAGAAAACGUAAACGGACAAACAAAAGAAACGCAUUUAUUUUAAUGAACUUUUGAAAUGGGAAUAUUUAACAACAACUUAACAGACAAUUGAAUAGCGACUAACACAAAAUACAAACAAAAACAAAAACCAAAUUGAAUUGAAUACAAAAAUCAAUAGAUAUUGUAUAACUAUAUGAA